CGCCAUCCUGCGUAACUAAAAAGGAAAUGUGAGACUAUUUCGACCCUGUGCCCUUCCUGAAGUGAGAACUGAAGGCACACUGAUGUCCGCUGGUGUUUUGUAAGCGUGAACACAAAGUUCUAUUUCAUGCUCUGAGUGGCCGCUUCCUUCUGUGUAUGCAUGCAUGCGGUAACUUGAAGUGGGACACUUGGACGGGUGAUUAUAAUUAGACUUGAUGCCAUUACAGCGCCUGACGGCGAGGGGACACACAGCGUCUGGUGUAGAUCAUGCAAGACACCCGAAGCAAGGAGCAUUAGCAUGAGGCGACCGUAUCGGUAUCUUCCCGCCUGGGGGCGUGGCACUCUCGGUGGAACACACGUGACUCAUAUCUACUUAUGCCCACCUGACCAGGAAAUACACACACCUUGUGGAACAGACUAAAGGUUUGCACUCAGCUGAUGACACAACAGACAGGUGUACCAGCACGGACACAACAGACAGGUGUACCAGCACGGACACAACAGACAGGUGUACCAGCACGGACACAACAGACAGGUGUACCAGCACGGACACAACAGACAGGUGUACCAGCACGGACACAACAGACAGGUGUACCAGCACGGACACAACAGACAGGUGUACCAGCACGGACACAACAGACAGGUGUACCAGCACGGGGGACGGGAGAAAGCAUGUUGUCAAGAAAUAACUGUCGCUCUAUGAAACGUCUGUACCGAUAGUUCUUGUGGUUCGUGUAUUUGUAAACAUGAUCUUGCUCACUCAAGUGGGAUGUGAAAAGGUGAUUCUUUGGGGUUUUUUUAAGAAUGAAUUAAUCAUACACAACCCGUAGGAUACAACUGUGUUCAUUGAAACAGUCACAGAAUGAACAACAGCUACGCUUUCAUCGCCUUCACCGGAAGUCCCGUAACCUUCGCUGACCUUGUAGGACUUCCGUUUCUGAUUCUCAUGGGGAUUACGGAACUCGUUCUGAACUUGAUCGUGCUCGUGGCGUUGCGCUCCUCCCAAGAAGACGCCUCCAACUCAUUCAUCGUCAACUUGGCAAUGGCCGACGCCCUGACCGGCCUCAUCGUCAUCUACAACAGCGUGUACACCAUGCUCGAGUGGAAAGACGUCCACGAAUGUCUCUUCAGGUUUGGGCUUCUGAUCGGCGUGAACAUGGCGUCUGUACUAAGCAUUAUGUUGCUCACCGUGGACAGAUAUGUCAAAAUCAAAGACCCAUUCCGUCACAAGCGGCUGUUCACGUCGAAGAGAGUGACUUUGUUGAACACCUCCGUGUGGGUAUUAUCCCUGACGGUGGCAAUACUGCCUGUAGCCGGCUGGAACCGGUCACAGGAAGUGAAGAAGACAUGUAAGUUCUUCACGGUAUUUUCCACCAGCUAUCUCGGGACUGUCGUGGUCAUAUUCGUGAUACCUCUGGUUGCCAUAGUGACACUGUACCCUCAGAUCUACGUUCUGGCAAGGAAGCACGCCAUGGCGAUCCACGCCCAGCUGUGUCGCACGAAUUCUGGCAACACACCCCGGUCCACGCUCAGGUUCGCCAAGACGGUGGGCAUCAUCAUCGGCAUGUACAUCCUGUGCUGGGCGCCAGUAGGCACGUACCUCCUCCUGGUGCUGCUCGACCGCCCCCUGGUGGAGGAGACGGGAGUUGACCUCGGCGCCGUCCUCACCUACACUGCCGGUGUCGGCUUCCUCAACAGCCUCAUCAACCCUCUCGUGUACGCCAUCAAGAUCCCCGCGGUCGGCCGGGUGUUCAGGAGAGUGUGCUGCUGUUGUUGCUGUUCCUGGUCUGACCCCGCCCCCUCCGCCAGACACAGUGUGUACACCCUGGCUAGUGUUGGUCUUAUCCCCCUGAGACCGGACGACGCCAGGUGUUGAACGCCAGACGCCAGGUGAUGAACGCCAGGUGAUGAACGCCAGGUGAUGUGUGCCAGACGCUAGAUGAUGUAACAUGAAGACACGUACCAGAAGCAAAACAAAAUCAGCAUUCAACGUCACUGUGUCACCACCAUGUGAUGUGCGCGAUAUACACCUGAACACAGCCGCGUAAUGUGCGCGAUAUGCAACUGAAUACAACCACGUGAUGUGCGCGUUAUGCAACUGAACACUAUCAUGUGACGUGUGCGAUAUGCAACUGAACACUAUUAUGUGACGUGUGCGAUAUGCAUCUGAACACCAUUAUGUAAUGUGUGCGAUAUGCAACUGAACACCACCGCGUGAUGUGCGCGAUAUGCAUCUGAACACCAUUAUGUAAUGUGUGCGAUAUGCAACUGAACACCACCGCGUGAUGUGCGCGAUAUGCAACUGAACACAACCACGUGAUGUGCGCGAUAUGCAACUGAACACCGCCACGUGAUAUGCGCGAUAUGCUACUGAACACCGCCACGUGAUGUGCGCGAUAUGCAACUGAACACCGCCACGUGAUGUGCGGGAUAUGCAACUGAACACCACCACGUGAUGUGCGCGAUAUGCAACUGAACACCGCCACGUGAUGUGCGGGAUAUGCAACUGAACACCGCCACGUGAUGUGCGUGAAAGGCAACUGAACACCACCACGUGAUGUGCGGGAUAUGCAACUGAACACCGCCACGUGAUGUGCGGGAUAUGCAACUGAACACCGCCAUGUGAUGUGCGCGAUAUGCAACUGAACACCACCACGUGAUGUGCGCGAUAUGCAACUGAUAACCUACACGUGAUGUGUGCGAUAUGCAUCUGAACACCGCCACGUGAUGUGCGCAAUAUCCAACUGAACACCACCACGUGAUGUGCUCGAUAUGCAACUGAACAUCGCCACGUGAUAUUCGCGGUAUGCAGUUGAACAACCCCACGUGAUAUUCGCGGUAUGCAACUGAACAUCGCCACGUGAUAUUCGCGGUAUGCAACUGAACACCGCCACGUGAUAUUCGCGGUAUGCAACUGAACAUCGCCACGUGAUAUUCGCGGUAUGCAACUGAACACCACCACGUGAUAUUCGCGGUAUGCAGUUGAACAACCCCACGUGAUAUUCCCGGUAUGCAACUGAACACCGCCACGUGAUGUGUGCGAUAUGCAUCUGAACACCACCAUAUGAUGUGCGCGAUAUGCAUCUGAACACCACCACGUGAUAUUCGCGGUAUGCAACUGAACAUCGCCACGUGAUAUUCGCGGUAUGCAACUGAACACCGCCACGUGAUAUUCGCGGUAUGCAACUGAACAUCGCCACGUGAUAUUCGCGGUAUGCAACUGAACACCACCACGUGAUAUUCGCGGUAUGCAACUGAACACCACCACGUGAUAUUCGCGGUAUGCAACUGAACAUCGCCACGUGAUAUUCGCGGUAUGCAACUGAACACCACCACUUGAUGUGCGCGAUAUGCAACUGAACAUGUACACCACCACGUGAUGUGCGCGAUAUGCAACUGAACACCACCACGUGAUAUUCGCGGUAUGCAACUGAACAUCGCCACGUGAUAUUCGCGGUAUGCAACUGAACACCACCACGUGAUAUUCGCGGUAUGCAACUGAACACCACCACGAGAUAUUCGCGGUAUGCAACUGAACAUCGCCACGUGAUAUUCGCGGUAUGCAACUGAACACCACCACUUGAUGUGCGCGAUAUGCAACUGAACAUGUACACCACCACGUGAUGUGCGCGAUAUGCAACUGAACACCACCACGUGAUAUUCGCGGUAUGCAACUGAACAUCGCCACGUGAUAUUCGCGGUAUGCAACUGAACACCACCACGUGAUGUGCGCGAUAUGCAACUGAACAUGUACACCACCACGUGAUGUGUGCGAUAUGCAACUGAACAUGUACACCACCACGUGAUGUGCGCGAUAUGCAACUGAACAUGUACACCACCACGUGAUGUGUGCGAUAUGCAACUGAACACCACCACGUGAUAUUCGCGGUAUGCAACUGAACAUCGCCAAGUGAUAUUCGCGGUAUGCAACUGAACACCACCACGUGAUGUGCGCGAUAUGCAACUGAACAUGUACACCACCAUGUGAUGUGUGCGAUAUGCAACUGAACAUGUACACCACCACGUGAUGUGCGCGAUAUGCAACUGAACAUGUACACCACCACGUGAUGUGC